AUGGGCGACGCGGCAGCGGGGGGCUGCUCCAGCUCGGAGGGGGAUGAGGACCUGCACUCCAGCGCGGACGUGGAUGAGGCGCCCUUCCCGUUCGAGGACAGCGACUGCGAGGCCGGCGGCUGGCGGCGCGGCGGUGGGCGGGGCGGUAACCCACGUGCCAACACGCUGGCGCCGCACCAGCUGGACAGGGCGCGGCUUCGCGACGUCCACCUCAUAGCCCGGGUUUGCGACAUCGCAGAGGACACGGCCCAUGAGCUGCUUGUCCGGCAGGGUUGGGACCACCAGAAGGUGCUGGAGCUCCACUGCCCUUUUCGGGGUGACUGCCGCCCGCCAGCUGCAGAUACAGACUGCCCCGUGUGCCUGGAAUCAUGUGUCCUGCCAACCAGUGACAAGGCUCUGUCGUUCCACCUCUGUGGGCACCCAAUGCACUGGGCCUGCGCAGGCCAGUAUGCCAAGAACCAGGUGGACUCGAUGGCAGGCAUGGCUCAGGAAACAUUCCUUGGGAGCAUCACGUGCCCCUGGUGCAUCGCGAACAAAGAGGACACGCCAGGAUUCUUGACAGAAUGUCAAGUGUGUGACUUGAUUGGCCCCACAGAGUUCAAGACCUACAAGCAGGUGCGAAGGAACAUGCUUGCAAGGAAUGAAAGACACUGCCCAAGGGAGGGAUGCACAAACGUUGUGCGAUUCUUGUCAGCAGGCGGUGGAGCCAGCUCAUGCCUGACACUUGAGUGUGCUUGUGGGCACCGAUUCUGUCGUCUCUGCGGAUGUGUUGAGCAUUGGCCCGUUUCUUGUGAAGACUUUGCAUCUUACUUCCGCCUCCAAGAAGAGAUGUAUGAAAAUACACAAGACCUGCAGCAAAGGCUGGAUGCCACCACCAGGAAGCUCAGGGAGGUGCGCAACGAGCUGGCCAAUCAGCCUGAGGCAGCUAGAGUCAGGCAACCUGUCCCGCCCUUUGCGCAGCCAGUUCUUGGGGCCCAAAGGGACAGGAAUCAGAAUCCGAUCAGAGGAGGGUGUGCGGGGAUAGGGGCUGGAAGAGGCUUUGGGAGAGGGCCUGGAAGAGGCUUUGGUGGAGGGCUUGGAAGAGGCUUUGGGAGAGGGGCCGGAAGAGGCAACGGUAGAGGUGCUGGAAGAGGUAUUGUUAGGGGUACUGGCAGAACCAUGGUGCAAGAGGUGGUGCAAAGACCAGGAAGAGGGCUGGAAGCAGGUGGAAGAGGAUUGGCACAAGGAAUGGUGCAAACUUGGCAUGCUGGUGCGGGGCAGGAGCUUACCAUUGAACUCGAUGCAGCCCAGGAAGCUGCCAGGGCAUUUAUGGUGGAUGCUGUUCCAGGUGGCUUUGGGACUGAUCCACAGCAGGCUGAGGAGGAAGAAGGGGAGGGGAUGGACAUGGAUGUGGUGCCACUAGGCAGGCAUGAAGGGGCUGAGAACCAGGCAGUGCCUCCUAAGGGCUCUGAGCUACUGGGAGCCGAAGUUGCCAGUGCGGAAAUUGGGCAAGUGCAUGUUGAUGCUGUUGAGAGGGCGGUGCCAGUGGUCGAUCAGGAGGAGGAAAUCCUGGGGAUGGAGGUGAUGGGAGUUGAAGAUGAGGUGGAUGCCCAGCAUCAAGGAGGUGGCAUGGAGCAUCGUGACACACUUGUUGGCGAUCAGGGCUCUGAACUUGCUCAGGGCGGACGCUUGGGGAGCAGUACACUCUUGCAGGGCAGCAACCACCAGGAGGAUGUGCAUCAAACAGAGGUGAGUGGCGUCUGCGAUGCUGGCCGGCAGGGAGGGAGGCUGGAUGUUUGGGGCCCCCUGGAAGUUCCAAAGCCCAUCUGUUUGGCCUGGAAAGGGGGUGAAGGUGGGGAACUAUGCAGUGUAGAUGGCUUGCAACAUCGCCAGGCUGUGGUGGAUGAUCAGAGUACAGUGGGCGUUUGGCAUCCUGGAAAGUGGUGGGCCCAAGGAUCCCCUCCGGUGGACAGGGCAGGAAACUGCCAGCACAGUUCGCAUGGAUGUACUAACCAGUGCCAUGGUCAGGAUUCUGGGCAUGGACCCCAGGACCUUUGCGUUUCCACAGCUGGAGAUGGGAUUGGGGAUGAACGACAGCUGCAGGGGCCUGUGGCAGACAGCUCAGACAAGAGGGUUGCAGUGAGAGAUAAUGAGGGAGGAUCUCGGGCAAGUGAUCUACGAAAAAGCAAGUCUAAAUGUGGAUCAGGGGCCUUGUGGCAAGGCCAGCCUGUCUCUCCAGACGCCAGCCUCCCCAAAAGCAGGAACGAGGUACGGAUCAGGGAAACGUUGCAGCGCCAUUACAGAGCCAACCGGCCUGAACCCUACCUUCCAGGACUGCAUCUGCACGCGUUGACUGGAGUUUUCGCAGAUGCCAGUUUUCCAAACGGUGAUGUUGAUGGUGGGAGCCUUUUGAGGCCUCUGGGCAGGGAAGGUCACGUCCAUACACAACGGGGGUGGCAGAAUGCCAGGCCAGAACAGAGUGACAAUGGAAUGCGAACGAAAAGGUCGCGUGCAGUGGCAGGACGCAGAGGCCAACCUGAAGGCAUCGGUGGCUCGAAAAGUGGUAGAGACUCAGCAUCAAGCCGGCAGCUAAAGGGCGCCAGAAUUGAAGACUGCGAGCAUUCUCCACUGCAGUUUUACCGCGGAGGCUCUGACGAUGGCCUUGACAGAUCGCCUCUGCCACCGCAGGGAGACGCCAUUGGGAGGGAGGGCGAUGCACAGGCACGUCCUACUGGAAAGAGACUUUCCAGGUCGCUGCACACUUCACAUGAUGUCUCCCCACAAGGGAAACAGCAGAAGACUGGCGACAGGAGGGGUCCCAAAAGAGUCGGUGUGGGCGGUUCUGUGCAAGUUGGGGACAUGGGCUUGGUAGCAUCUGAUGUUGAGGAGGGCCAGCGCCGUUGUUCUAGGAACCAGGGUGAAUCCCAGGGGUCUAGGAUCCGCAAGAAGAUCGCACAGUGGGUGGGAUCAAUUGGCUCUGGCCGGGGAAGGGACUCAGGCCCUUGGCUCAUUGGCAAGGACGCAUUCUUGCCUCAGAAUGGCCAGGCGUCAAAAGACAGUGGAGCGUUGAUAGGGGAAGAUGUCACAUCGGAUGACGAGGGAAGUGAUGCAGGAGCCCAGUGUGGCAAAGGGCCAUUGGAGGGGAGAUGGGCGGAAGGGCAGCUAUAUGCCAGUGACCCUGGUUGUGCACAGACCUCAGGGACUGGUUCGGGCUCGAUUUUAGAUCCAGCACAGCAUCCUGGGGUGGAGGGGAGUGGUGGGAAUUGCGCAGCUGGGGCUGCAGCCUGCCCUGGGGGGAAGAUGCUUGACAUGACAGGAAACCCACCUGUGGUUCUCGAUGAUGUGCGAGCCAUGGAUCUGAACAAGUGUACACAGCUGAGUCAGGAUGAUGACAUGAGCAUAGGGCACAGCUCUGGGGCCCUUAUGCCAUUGGAGAAUUUGGAGCAGGAUGCAGCCACAGGCAUGACACUGGACAGUGCCCGCAACGUGCCAGUGCGCACACUGGGGCUGUCAGAUGGGUCAUCUUCUGGCGUGGAUGCUGUGCCUGCUGUGGAUAGAACUGGACCACCAUGUCUACUAGGGCGGGCGUAUGAGGGUAGGGGAUAUGCUGACCAGACAGGUGGUGGUGCAGGUGGCGAUGCAGCACAUGAAAUGGAGAACGUGGGGUUGGGCGGAGGGGCACCGAGCGUAGUGGGGGAAGGGGGCAGGGAGGGCGAAGCAAGCAGGGACAAUGGCCCACAGGACCCAUCUGCUGCGCAGAUGGAGGGGCACCUCCCACUGUCAAAGCCAGAGGGCAGGGAAGCAGAUAUGACAGGAUCGGAUGCAGAGGGGCCACCAAGCCACCGAUCUUUGGGCCAAGAUGCCUCUCAGGACAGCGCAGCAACAACAGUGCAGGAAGCUGGCAACUCUACAGAGGAGACAUCGUACAUUGCACGCCACACCAAGGAUUGCCCCAGGUGCUUCAGCCUUUGUGAGAAAAUCUUUGGCUGUGACCAUGUGACAUGCCCCCGUUGCCACCACCACUUCUGCUGGCGCUGCCGUGCAGACUGGAAACAGUCGGGGGGGUACCGCCAUCUGGAGCGUUGCAGUGGAGAGAACAGGGUAGUGCCUACAAGACAGGAAGCAGAGAGGCAGUUCCACGAGUUCCUGAAGCAGCAUGAUGCUGUGGCUGUCACCCUGGUGUCCAAAGAGCAGUUUGUUCGUGACUGGAUGCGGCGUGAGACCGAGAUGAGGACGAAAUUCCAGUACCAGGGCCCCUGGGCUGAGUACCAGGGGGGGCUGGAGUGGGAUGGUCUGCUGGACGAGCGGAUUGAGGUGGUGGAGGCACGGGUGCAGCGGCAGCAGGAGGAGGAGGCAAGGCUGCAGGACAGAGUGGCUGAACAGACGCAGCAGCUGGAGUGGAGGCAGAGGUAUCACGUCAGCAGAGCACUGCAGGAGAAGGAACGUGGCCUGAGAGGGCUGCCAAUCACUGAAACUGAUGGAGUGAGGCAACUCUCACAUCAAGAAUUCGCUGCUUAUCAGCAGAUAAUCGCACAGGGCCAGAGUGUGGAUCGCGCAGUGAGAAUUCUGAAGGACAUCAAGGCUCAUACCAAUGAGCUGCAGCCAUUGUCGGAGGGCUACUGCAAUCUUGCGCAGGUGUUGCUUUCAUGUGAGCGUACGCGUUGGGCGUGUCUGCUUGACAGCUUCUUCAACAAAGGCCGCCGGCUGACCAAGAUGGUGGAGUUCUGUGUUGGAGAGCUUGAGCAUGUCAAGGAAGUGUAUCUGACGCUCGAGGCAGUGAUAACGCCCUUGAGGGAGAGCGAUGAGGGGUCUUCCUCGUCCUCUGGCUCUGCCAGCACCUCUGGCCCGCACCACCGCUAUUCUUUGGGGUCCCUUGCCAACCAGGCGGAAUACUACAGCCGCAAGCGUGACAACUUCAUCUUAGCUUGGGAGGCACAGAUGGAACUGCCAGGUGAGUUUGCAGCCAAAGUUGCAAAAGUUGAGGCUCUAUGCUGUGCAGGCACUGGCAGCUUUGUGGUGGACUGCAUCGAGCCCCGAUUUUGUUCAUUGAGUUGGGCGUCUAGUGCAGUCUACCCACACUAG